AUGCAACAAUCUCUUUGCGUCCCGGGUCGGGUAAGUCCCUCCAAACUCUUUGAGAAGAGCAGACCGGCUGACAAGGCUAGAAAUCAGGCAUCUCUUUUGGCUGGCGAGAGCUGGGAACCAGACAGAGUUGGACCUUUGUGUCUUGCUGCCGUUGCUGAAAAUUACGAUGAACUAGCAGCGGCUGUUACAGUGACUGCCUCUAAGAGCCUGAAUUCUCCGCAUAACUGUCAGGAAAUAGAAACACUUGGUUCCUGCUCAUAG